UAUUAAUAGGGACAAGGCAGUAUUCAUCAACUUAGGUCAAAUCCCGGUACGACGAUUGCCGAUUGCCGAGUGCAAGUUUUGGAGUCAGAGGAACUGAAGAGGGGCGAGGAGCAUCAGGUAGUUGCAACAGUCGUUGGUAGCUCUCUCCUUAUAUAUAGAUUUUUUUUUCAAACGAUUUUUGAAGCGUAAAAUGGGACUGAAUAUUGGCGGGCAUGUUGAGAAAGUUAAUGGGAAGGAACUGAGUUACAGUGAAUUUGUGAAGAGGUAUCUUGAGAAGAACCAACCAGUUGUUCUAACAGGGCUGAUGGAUGACUGGAAGGCUUGCAGAGAUUGGGUAUAUGAGAAUGGAAAUCCCAAUCUCCACUAUUUCUCUGCACAUUUCGGGAAAUCCAGAGUUCAGGUGGCGGAUUGUGGUAGCAAAGAGUUCACUGAUCAGAAGAGAGUGGAAAUGUCGGUUUCAGAGUUCAUUGACCAUUGGCUUAAGCUUCCCAAAGAAGACGGUAGUUAUUCAAACCGCCAGGGCAAUGAUCAAACAGUGUUAUAUUUGAAGGAUUGGCAUUUUGUGAAGGAGUACCCAGAUUAUGUGGUCUAUACAACUCCACUAUUUUUUCGUGAUGAUUGGCUGAAUAUAUAUCUUGAUGGUCAUCCUAUGCAUAGAGAUCCUCACAACUAUCAAAAGACAAAUGAGAUAAACUGCUCUGAUUACCGUUUUGUUUACAUGGGAGCCAAAGGGACAUGGACUCCUUUACAUGCCGAUGUUUUCAGGUCUUAUAGUUGGUCUGCAAAUGUGUGUGGAAAGAAACAGUGGCAUCUUCUAUCCCCUUCUCAAUGUCAUCUUGUAUUUGACAGGAACAUGAAAAAUUCUGUCUAUGACAUUUUUGCUGAUGUUCCAGAGAAAAAGUUUCCAGGCUUCAGGGAGGCUAUUUGGUUGGAAUGCACUCAAGAACGAAAUGAAAUUAUCUUUGUACCUAGUGGGUGGUAUCAUCAAGUGCAUAAUCUGGAGGAUACAAUAUCCAUAAACCACAACUGGUUCAAUGCCUAUAAUCUUUCUUGGGUGUGGGAAUUGCUUGUCAAAGAUUAUAAUGAGGCAAAAGAGUACAUAGAGGACAUUAGAGAUAUAUGUGAUGAUUUUGAAGGCCUCUGUCAGCGAAACCUUGCAGCUAACACAGGCAUGAAUUUAUUGGAUUUCUUCAUCUGCAUCUCACGUUUCUCUUUUGCCAACUUGAUCCAACUGUACCAUCUUGUAAGAAACUACAGUAAUUUCACUAGGGAUCCAUUGCCAAGAAUUCAGUAUCUAAUUAUAAAUCUCACAUGCUUAUGCAAAGUUGCAUUGAAGAUGGAGUCCAUGGAGAGUUUGAGUGGAAAUGAAGCAACUUUAGUGGGUGUCCUAGAAGUUAUAGGGCAGUCAGAGUUCUUGGAUCUGUGCAUAGCUUUAAAUGGAACAUAUGAGACGGUAAUUGGGCCAACUUCUGAUAUAAAUUACUCUUUAGGAAAUAAUUUAGUGGAGAUGGACUUUAUGGAAGAUUAUGAUUUUAAGGUUUCCAACCCCAAAGAUCUUAUUACAGUCAUAGAGUGUGUUUUGAAUAAAGUUGGUUGCUUUUCUAGUAACAAAAACAUUAACCUGUUCUCUAAAUUGAGUGACAUCAAAUCUCAAUGGCUCUGUAAGAGGUAAUAUUUGAAUAAAAUGCCAUAGCUGAGCCCUUGAAGAACCGCUUACUCAAAAGUUCCUGUAAAUUGCAUAGAUGCCUUUUGUUUGGGAUAUUUUCAGUUUAUGGGUGUUGCCAUAAGAGGUGUCGAAGACGCAACCACUGUCAUGAUGACCCAUACUCACACAGGUCAGUAAAAUACAGGAUGAUAGUUGUGCAAACUUCUGCUUCUGUGGAUUUGGAUUUACUUGAAGCUUCUAGAUUUAAUGUCUCUUUCUUCAGAAUGAUACUACAGUCAUGGACUGUGCCAUCACAAAUAUUUAUUGGAUAAUUGGAUUUCUAGCUGUAUGAACUCAAUGACUUGAACCCUCACUGCUUCUGUUAGAGGUAAUAAUAUAUUUGGAUGUAAAUUCAUGUCAAGUCGUCAUUUGAGAGUUUCCAAUUCAAGUCAUUUGGGAUAUCUUGAGAUGGUAUGGAUUUUGUCCCGGCAGAGGUUUUCAAACCAAAGCAACUGAUGUAAAGGACUAUGGUUAAAAGGUGAGUUGAGAGAUGGGGAUGUGAUUGUUCACUUGAGAGUUGUGCGUGCUAAACAAGUGACCAAGGAUCUAAAGGAGUUUUAGUGGACCAAGAGGCAGGAUGGAGAUUAUAUGCUCGUAUGGUUGCAGAAUAGGAAGCUGAAAGUGCCAAAUGAUGUACCAAAGAUCUACAAUAAGACAAAAUGGAAAGAUCAUAUCUCGACAGGGUGGUAUGGAAAUUCACAAUUAAUGAGAAUUCGCACCAUGGGGCUUUGAAAUUGUUCCGUUGGUGGAGGAGAUAUAUGCAGAAACCAAUUUUUUUCUGGUAUGGAUAACUGUGCAGAUAUAUUUACAAGUAUGCAAUGCUGAUAAAUAUCACCAGCCUGAUGCGUCAAAGGUUUGGAGAUGACCUGUUUCUAACUUUUUUGUUCCCCAUUUCAAUGAAAAAUAAAUUGUUAUUAACUUUUUUAUUGAUAAAAAAAAAGUUUAGUUUUGCCAAUAUUUUUGCCUUAUUUGGAGAGCUGUUGCUUGAUUGCGGUUUUUUCU